AUGAAAGGUUCUGUUGUUUGCUUCGUACUUCUCCUCCUUCCAUUAGUCAUGCAUGCAAGGCACAUUGGCAAGCUACACUCUCAUAAUGGGUCUAGCAAGAAGGAAGCAAGUGUGAAACCUGAAUUGUACGUGGAUCACAAAAGGGCGCCAUUGAUGCAUACAAAAGCUGAUACGCUCCAGAUAGCAGGGUCGAGAUUACCAGAUUGCUCGCAUGCAUGUGGAUCGUGCACACCGUGUCGAUUGGUUAUGGUUAGCUUUGUCUGCUCAUCGCUUGAAGAAGCCGAGACAUGUCCAAUGGCCUACAAAUGCAUGUGUCAUAACAAGUCCUAUCCAGUUCCGUAG